UUGUCAGUUUAGUGUACGGUUCUGUCAAAGUAGGCAGCUGUUUACGUUUUGUAUCGUUAUUUUGCGAUCGUUUUGCACAACUUUUGUUAUACCGUAUUGUUUUUAUUUUAACACUUUUGCUUCUACGAUAUCGGUGAAUUAUAUGUGUGAUUUUUUUGUUAAUUUCUUUAAACCAUGUCAGAUGUCAAGAGGUGAAUAAGUAGUGUGUUUGUGUCUAACGUGUGAGUGACAGUUUUUAUAUUGUUUGGGAUUCGUGCGAUAAACAUAUCGUUACCUCAAUGAUACAAGUUUUAACAAGUUAUCGGAACGCAUGAUGUCAGUGCGCAUUUGAAGUAUACGAGGUGUCAACUGAUGCGGUUGUGAGGUGUGCAGCAAGUGAGAUGUGGGCGGCAUGGCGCUCGCUGGCGCAGCUCGUGCUCGUACUCCGUGUGCUCGGUGUGCUCGGCGCGCACGACGCUACCUACCACAACCAGUUCGCAGUGCACGUGCCCAACGGGGAGAGGCACGUGCAUGAUAUAGCGAAACGACAUGGCUAUGUUAACCAUGGACAGAUCGGUUCACUAAAAGGUUACUAUUUACUGUCGCACCACGAAGUACAUAAAAGAUCUGCGGAGCCGAGCCACGAACACCAUCGAAAGCUGAACGAUGAACCUGAGGUACGAUGGUUCCAACAGCAAAGAGAGCGGCGGAGAGUAAAGCGUGACUACACUCAGCGAGAUGCCGGCCUCUGGUCACAGUUCAGUCGUCGUAUGCCUUCCCAUCGCACCCGACACCGAGCCUUAAACCCAACGCCUUUCUUCCCCGAUCCAUUGUUCAAGGAACAAUGGUAUUUGAAUGGAGGAGCAAAAGACGGUCUAGACAUGAACGUGGCACCGGCUUGGCAAAAAGGUUACACGGGUAAAGGUGUGGUGGUUUCCAUUCUUGAUGAUGGUAUCCAAACGAAUCAUCCAGAUCUUGCGCAAAAUUACGAUGCUAACGCUUCAACAGAUAUUAAUGGCAACGAUGACGAUCCAAUGCCUCAAGACAAUGGAGAUAACAAACACGGUACAAGAUGUGCAGGAGAAGUUGCUGGAGUAGCUUAUAACCAAUAUUGUGGUGUCGGUAUAGCUUACAAUGCCAGUAUAGGCGGUGUAAGGAUGUUAGAUGGUGUAGUGAACGAUGCUGUUGAAGCUAGAGCAUUAGGAUUAAAUCCUGAUCAUAUUGAUAUAUACAGUGCCUCAUGGGGACCUGAAGAUGAUGGCAAGACAGUUGAUGGUCCUGGACCAUUAGCAAGAAGGGCCUUUAUUUACGGUGUUACAAGUGGCCGACGGGGAAAAGGCAGUAUAUUUGUAUGGGCUUCAGGAAAUGGUGGUAGACAUACAGACUCUUGCAAUUGUGACGGUUAUACAAACAGUAUUUUCACUUUAUCUAUCUCUAGUGCUACUCAAGGAGGAUAUAAGCCGUGGUACCUUGAAGAAUGCUCGUCUACUCUUGCCACCACCUACAGCUCAGGUACACCAGGACAUGAUAAGAGUGUCGCAACCGUUGAUAUGGAUGGUCGAUUGAGACCUGAUCACAUAUGCACCGUAGAGCAUACUGGAACAUCGGCAUCUGCUCCUUUAGCGGCAGGAAUUUGUGCAUUGGCCUUAGAAGCUAAUCCCGAAUUGACCUGGAGAGAUAUGCAAUAUCUAGUUGUCCUUACAUCACGACCACAACCUUUAGAAAAAGAAACAGGUUGGAUUAUAAAUGGGGUUAAAAGAAAAGUAAGCCACAAAUUUGGUUACGGUUUGAUGGACGCAUCAGAAAUGGUUAGUUUAGCGGAACAAUGGGUGUCGGUACCGCCACAGCAUAUUUGCAAGUCACAAGAAAUUAACGAAGAUAAGUCAAUAGAUUCGUCUUAUGGUUAUACUUUAAGUGUUCACAUGGAUGUAAAUGGUUGUAGCGCAACUGUGAACGAAGUACGCUAUUUAGAACACGUGCAAUGUAAAAUAUCACUAAGAUUCUUCCCUAGAGGAAAUCUGCGAAUCCUUCUCACGUCUCCUAUGGGAACAACGUCAACACUUCUCUUCGAAAGACCGAGGGAUGUCGUGAGUUCUAAUUUUGACGAUUGGCCAUUCUUAAGUGUUCAUUUCUGGGGAGAACGCGCUGAAGGUAGAUGGACAUUACACAUUGUAAAUGCUGGAAACAGACAUGUCAAUCAACCCGGCGUACUAAAGAAAUGGCAGUUAAUAUUUUAUGGCACUUCAGUCGAACCGGUUAGACUUAGAGGCAAAAAGCCGUCAGCUAUCGCUCCGCCUUUUGCAUUCCCAACCGCCGCCGAUGGCUAUGAUUCUGCCGGGGAUUCUUUUUACAACACUGACGCGUUUGCCAAUUACCAGAACUUUCCUAGUUUAUUCGCUGCCGGCUCAGACCCGGAAAAAGCGAUAGCCCAACUCGAUGGACAUAAUGUCCCUUCUCCGCAUGGGGAGAAUGUCCUCGCUGAUAGUAAUGAUAAGCGCGUCAUGCAUGAAUGUGAUCCCGAAUGCGAUACCCAAGGAUGCUAUGGAAAAGGACCAACACAGUGCAUAGCUUGUAAACACUAUCGUCUCGACGAUGCCUGUGUCUCUCGUUGCCCACCACGGAGCUUUGCAAACCAGGGCGCAGUUUGCUGGCCUUGUCAUGAAUCUUGCGAGACUUGUGUAGGACCGGGGCAAGAUUCUUGUUUAACUUGUGCUCCAGCUCAUUUGCUGGUCGCAGAUUUGGCUGUGUGUCUGCAGCAAUGCCCCGAUGGCUACUGGGAGGACAGCGAGUCUUCAGUUUGUAGGCCUUGUGCCGCUCAUUGCUCGACGUGUUCCGAUAAAGCCGACUCGUGCACUUCGUGUGAGCAUCACUUAGUUUUGCAUAAUGGUACAUGCUUGGCGUCCUGUCCACCCUCGUACUUUGAAACUGAGGAUUACUCGUGUGCUAAGUGCCAUUCAUCUUGUGAUACGUGCGAGGGUCCUGCAGAAACUCAGUGUGUGACUUGUCACCCUUCGAGCUUUUCUUUGGAAGGCCGGUGUGUUAACGCAUGUCCUAGUGGAUAUUAUGCGGAUAAGAAGAGAAAAGAAUGUAUGAAAUGUCCUGUUGGUUGUUCUACUUGUAUAAGCGCCUUUUGCAUGUCUUGUGAUGCCAACUGGGAGUUGAAUAAAAAAGGGAAAUGUAUCCAGACUGGGUCUGACAAGUGUAGUUCAGGCGAAUACUUCGACGGUGCCAGUUGCAAUCGUUGUAACAACGCCUGCGAUUCCUGUUAUGGUGACGAGGAUACGAAUUGUCUGACGUGUCCGGCGCCGAACCUAUUAGAAAAUUACAAAUGUGUGGCGGAGUGCAGCCGCGGAUACUUCUCGGAGUCGGGGCGGUGUACGCGCUGCGUGCACGGGUGCGCGGCGUGCGUCUCGCGGCUCAACUGCACCGCCUGCGCCGGCGCUUUGCGUCUGCAGUCCGGCGCCUGUCGCACCUCCUGUGCAGAUGGGUACUACGCGGACCGGGGCACGUGUGCUAAGUGCUACCUGUCAUGUCGCACGUGUAUCGGGCCGCGCCGCGACCAGUGCGCCUCCUGCCCUUCGGGCUGGAGACUGGCAGCUGGGGAGUGCCAUCCUGAAUGUCCACAAGGUUUUUACCAAAGCGUGGGUGGAUGCCGGCGCUGCCACCACUACUGUCGCGAGUGCGACGGCUCCGGACCGCUGCACUGCUUGUCGUGUCCGCCACGUUUCAUGCUCGACGGUGGUCUCUGCAUGGAGUGCCUCGGCAGCCAGUACUAUGAGCCCAGCAGCGGCGUCUGUCUGUCCUGUGACAACACGUGCCGCACGUGCUCUGGUCCGGGGAGAUUUAGUUGUUCCGGAUGCUCGAGGCCGUUGAGACUUGACAGGUUGAACAACCAGUGCGUGCCGUGCUGCUCGGAGCGAGGGGUCUACGCUAACUCGUCAGCUUCCGACUGCUGCCAUUGCAAUAUGGAUACUGGGGAAUGUAUAAAUUCAUCUGUGGCGGGCAAGCGGCGCAUAGCGGAGUGGGGCGCGCUGCAGACGGAGCACGCGCCGGCGCCGAGCGCGGCCGCAGUCGCCCUCACAGUCUGCGCAGCCGCCGCCGCUGUCUUCCUAGCUGUCCUGUUCGUCUUACAGGUCCGUAGUGCAAAUCGUCCAAAAUCUACAAAACGAGGAGUAAUAUACUCCCCGCUGGCUUGCAACGACGAGGGUGACGUCACAGUGCUCUCCUCCCACACCUCGUUCCCCGUCGAGCCUCCUGAACAAGUCGGCGAGCAUGUUCGCGAGCAUGUGUGCGAGCACGAACACGAACCCCUGCUCGAGCAUUCCACAUAACGAGCGCUGUGAUCCUAGACGUAAGUGACUAUUGACUUUGUUCAGUUCAAUUUGGUGAUUAGAAUUUUUUAUUUGAAAUAUUGUAUUUUAAUUAAUAAAAAAUAAUAUUUAUUAUCAUCUUCAAUGAAUAAGAUAAUAUUUGAAGAACUUAAUAAAGAUAUUUGUCUAGAAUAAGAAUAUGAAACAAUGAUGAGAUAUCAAAAUAUCAAAUAAUUGAAAUUGUUACUAUUUGAUAUUUUAAAAACAACAUACAAAUGUAAAAAUUUGUUGAAAUAAAGGUGAUACCAAGGAAUUAAUAAUUAAAGGUUGAUUUGAAUAAUAUCUUAAAGUUCCGAUUCAGUUUCAGAACUGGAUUAUCAAAGUUUAGUUAGAAAAGUAUUCAAGAUUCACUUUAUAGUAGAACAAAAUCGACAUAAAUACAAUUUUCUAUCACCAUUUUGAACUAGACAAAUGUAGACAAUCACUUUGUACAUCGGAUGUGAAUUAAAAUAGGGACAAUAUCUCUUAAAUCGUAGCAAAUGCGCUCCGAAGUGAUCUUGGUAGACGUAAGUUCAACGUUUAGUGAUAUUUGGUCGCAAUUUUCCUAGUUAUUGAAUUUUUAUGGAGGACCACAUUAAAUCGAAAUAAUUAUGUCGCAUAUAUUUUUUGUAAAGUUCAUUGUUGUCUAGAAAUGUUGGAGACUGAUAAUGCUCGCUUUUUUAUUAGGAGCAAUAUAAUUUAAGGUAGAAAUUGAAUAAAUAUCUUACCUUUUCCGUAUCUUUUUAAAAAGAUAUCUCUAGGAGCAUUAUCAGCCUUCAAUUGUCAUGUAAAAAUAAAUAUCACGUUAUCGUAAUACCGUGGUUAAGAUACAUUAUGAGAAAUAUUCAUUGUAAUGAAACAAAAUAGGUGUAAAUUUUAAGUAAAUGAACAAAAUGUUCUUAUUUUGAUGUGAAAUCGUUGUGAUAUGAGCAGUCAGGUUUAAAAGAAUUUGCUUUGAAUCCUUUAAGAAUUUGGUUAAAUUUCUUCGAAUCUCUUUUUCAAUUUAUCUCGUUUUUAUUCCGACUUCUUUGAUCGAUAUGGCUUAAAUGAUAUUUGAAAUCUCUUUUCAGUAUAAUUAUAUAUUAUUUUAAAAUUUAUAAAAGACUUCUCAUCUUUAAAAUAUCUUAUCCAAUUAGGAAAUUCAUUAAUCGCUCUAUUUUAUUGUUUACUCUAAAAUUUUCUUCUUCUAAAACAUUCAUGAUACCUAUUAUUAAAAUUAUAAAGGUUAGCGUCCAUUAGCCCGCGUCGGACGCACCGCACGCACGGCCCGCAACGGAUUUUAGUUUGCUUUGUAUGGGGAUAGCGCUGUGUCCAUCAUCCGGCCCGCAUCGAAAAACAAAGCAAGUCUUAUCCGUGCGUGCGGUGCGUCCGGGUCAAUGAACGCGUACCUUUAAUCUCUUGUUGAUGUCUUACAUCAAUAUUUGUCACAAUUCUUUAUGAAAAUGUAAUAUUUAGUUAAUCGUAAUAUAAUUUAGGUUUUCACAAGUUACCAUAGACAGGUUUUGUACAAUUAAUCGAAUGAUUUCAAAAGCCAAUAGAUUUUAAUUUCUUUUAGGAAGAUAUAUUUUAGUUAUAAUGCCUUCAUUUAUUUUUAAGUAGUAAAGCUUUAUUAUUCUUCUUUGCGUAAUUCCGUCGUUUAAUUCGUCUUUUGCUUCUGUGUCAUUGAACUCCGAUGAUGCUAAAUUUAGUUUUUUCUCGUGUUAUUAGUGAAUUAUUUAGUUGUCAUUGAAUUUUAUGUCAAAUUUUCUUAGAUAUAGUAACUAUCAAAUCUGAAAUUUUCAAUUUGAUUGAAUCGUAAUUUUUAUAUCGAUUUUUUUGUUGAUAUUCUCAUUAACGAUUUCAAUUGUUACCAUGUACCAUCACAAAUGUAUAUAAAGAUAGAUAGAUUGUUGAAUCGUUUAUAAAUGAUGUAUAAUAUAAUAAAUUUUAUCUCUUCAACAAUAUAAAAGACAUUGCUUCUUUGUAUUUGCUAGUUUUGGCUAAAGUUCUGUCAAUUAUCUUAUGGUAAUAAGAGUUAGUGUUUGAAUGUUUUAUUUGUAAUUAUUUUUGUACUUAUUAUAAACGUUCUUGAAAUCUGAUAUGGUUAGUAUUGGACCUCUAUGGAUGUUUUGAAUGAAUUUUAGCUUGCUACAAAAUUUUUAUUAUAUUUAUGCAAUUUCGAUCUAUCUGUAUUGCGGUUUUAUAUUUUGUUUUAGUGGGAAUCUUUUUAAUUGAAAAUGUAUUUUUGUAUGAAAUGUUCUUAUGUGCAAUUAAUAUUUAUAAUAAAAGAAAGUCUGUGUCAAA